AUGGACCCUUUUAUUGGACCCGCCAAUCAUGACCCGCCGGACAACGAUCUGACAGCGGCGAGCGAGGAGGAGUCGUCAUCAUGUACAACAGUGCUCGACCUCACGAGUUUCCAACUCCACGAUCUCGAAUCGGUGGAGAUUCCGCCGAGUCUCACCGAGUUAGACUUGACGGCAAACCGUCUGUCGACGUUAGACCCCAGAAUCUCCCAACUCUCCAAUCUCAAAAAGCUUUCUCUUCGUCAGAACCUUUUUAACGAUGACGGAGUCCAGCCUCUCUCCACUUGUCACACCAUUUCCGCCCUCGAAUUGAAGAAAAUUCCUGAUGUUAGCAUAUUCAAACAGCUUCUUGUGUUUGAUGUUUCUUUCAACGAGAUCUCAUCUCUUAACGGACUGUCCAAGGUUUCCGUCACCCUUAAAGAGCUCUAUGUUUCUAAAAAUGAAGUUACGAAGAUGGAGGAGAUUGAGCACUUUCCUUUACUGCAAAUUCUUGAGCUUGGAUCAAACAGAUUACGGGUAAUGGAGAAUCUUCAAAACUUAACAAGCUUGCAAGAGCUAUGGCUUGGACGGAAUCGUAUUCGAGCUAUUAAUCUUUGUGGGUUGAAAUGCAUUAAGAAGCUUAGCCUGCAGAGUAAUCGUUUAACUUCCAUGACAGGAUUGGAGGAGUGUGCUGCAUUAGAAGAACUAUACUUGAGCCAUAAUGGUAUUGCAAAAAUGGAAGGCCUAUCAACACUAGUAAAUCUCCGGCUCUUGGAUGUGUCAGCUAACAAGCUUACAGAAAUUAAUGACAUCCAAAAAUUGGAACGGUUAGAAGAUCUGUGGCUUAAUGACAACCAAAUAACAUCACUAGAAGGAAUAGAAGAGGCAGUUGCCGGUUCCAGAGAGAAGCUCACUACCAUCUACCUUGAACGCAAUCCAUGUGCUGAAUCUCCGAAUUAUACUGCCACUUUGAAACAAAUCUUCCCCAACGUUGAGCAGAUCGAUUCAGAAGUGUUUGCUUAA